GAGAGAAAUAAUUAGAGAGAGAGAGCCGGGCCUCUAUCGCGCACUCCGUGGUCCUAAGCUGCCGGCCGGGUUGAGCGGCCCCGUGAUGGUUCUUGUGCUGGGUCUUGGCCUUGUCUGCCUCCGCUGGAUGGCUGAAUGGCUGGAUGGCUGGUUAUCGCCGCGGUCCCUCCCACUCCCAGGCCAUUCCUUCGUUUCUUUUCCCGUCUCUUUUCCCGUCUCUUUCCCCGUUUCUUGUUGGUCCCUUGCUGCCUUGGUCUCACUGCAAGACGGUCGACUUCGAACUAGUUCCCUAGUCUGUCCAAACUGGCGACCUGCGUUAGACGAGUCACGCACGCCGCAUGUCGAUGGGAUCUGUCUGGUCGCCGUCUGCCCACAUCGAGCUGUCUGGCUACUGUCUUACAUUGCUUUCUUCAGCCUCUGCGAACCCUUCACGUCCUACUGCACAUCAUCGUCCGCGCCUCGUGAAUCGAGUCAUCGCCCGUGGCUUUUCGGUGCGCCUCGUUGCCAUCCAGCCUUGAUGUCACCUUGAGCGCAUGGGUCAGCGCCCAACCCGCCAGGCACAGGGCGGAUCGGGCACGGCCCCCUCAUCUGCCGACGUGGCCCGCUCAGGGACAUCGUCAUUCUCGGCAACUGAUGACGAGAACGACGCGCAGAUAUUUCAUUUUGUUUUGAUUUCUUUGUUAUUUAUUUUGGGGGUGGUUGGUUGUCGGCCGACAUCGUGACCCAGCCGAGGGUGGGCUUCCAAUGUUGGCCGAGCUGACGA